GACAGCUCGCCACAAGAUGCUAGUGCUACGGUACUUGGCAUCGUUCUAUCACUACGUCAACUAUGAAGUCAGUGAUCCUCGCGUGAACGAUUGGUUCCUGAUGAAAACGCCCUGGCCUGGCGCUGCCAUCCUAGGGCUGUAUCUGAUGUUCGUGCUCAAAUGGGGCCCAAAGUGGAUGGAACACAGAAAACCGUUCCAGAUUGAUACGAUAAUCAAAUACUACAAUCUGGCGCAGGUGAUCAUCUGUGCGUACUUGUUUGUGGAGGGCUUCCGACUAGGAUAUCUGCGAGGCUAUAGCUUCCUGUGUCAACCGGUCGACUACUCACCGACCGAGGUACCGACAAUGAUCGCAAGACGCUGCUACUACUACUUUCUCGUAAAGGUACUCGAUCUGCUCGACACGAUCUUCUUCGUCCUUCGCAAGAAGCAGAACCAGGUUAGCUUCCUGCACGUGUACCAUCACACCGGCAUGGUGAUGCUCAUCUGGAGCGGUGUCAAGUGGUUCCCAGGCGGGCAUGGGGUGUUUAUGGGCUUCAUCAACAGCUUCGUGCAUGUGGUGAUGUACGCGUACUACUUCCUCACAUCGGCCAACCCCAAGAACAAAAACAAUCUCUGGUGGAAGAAGUACAUCACACAGCUACAGAUCAUCCAAUUCGGCAUGAUCUUCCUGCAGUGGUUCGUGCUAUUGUUCCAGCCCAACUGUACCUUCCCCAAGUGGCCCCUGUUUGUGAUUCUACCCCAGAAUCUGUUCAUGUUUUUCCUAUUCCUUGACUUUUACUACCAGGCGUACAUAAAAAAGAAGCCGGCGGAUGUCGUACGGCGGUCCGGUGGUGCCAGCACCGAUCUCCCACAGAACGGGUUCCACGCGAGCGACAAAGCGAACGGCAAGUCGACCAGCGUUGAGUACAGUGACUGCACAAAACGCAACUCAUCCAAAGAGGUCAGCACCUCCUAG